AUGAACGCUGAAGGAACGACUCGUUUCUUAAGGUCUAAGACAGAACCAUUGCAGAAGAUCGUGGAGACUGCUAAUUCCCUCCUCGAUAACGAUGCUACCGUCUAUCUUCCAAACUUAAAAAUCUUUGUAUUUGACUUGAUAUGCGAUCGUUUGACUGACUCAACCAAAUCGUUCAGCUCGUGGAAAACUACACCAGAAGUAUGGCAAUUGUUUAAUAGAACUUGGACUUUACUUUCCGAGGAUCCAACCGACCGCCAAUUAAGAAAUAAUCACUUCAAAAAAUUCAAAUUUAUCGAGCUAGUUAUAACAGUCCUUAACAACAUCAUAGCGAGCGAUGAGCAAUUGUUGAGGGCCGUAUUCCAAGCGAUUGACCUUAUCGUACAAAACAGUUAUGUAGCCAUCGAAGAAAGCAGCUCCAUAGAAUUAUUGCUGUCUUAUAGCCAUGCCAUAUCAACCGUUAAAGGUGUGGAUCAAGAUUCAGUUGAUUUAUGGUCAGGAACAAUCAACCAUAUUUACCAAUUACCAUACCUUAGAGUGAACCACAAAUUUAAUAAGAAGACUACAACCAAGUUUUACACAGAAUGCUUGAUACCAGUAUUGAACUAUUUAACCUCGAUACCAUCAUCAUCACCUUCAGCUCCCUCACAAACCGUUGAGGUAUUUGUAUCCAUCGUAACAAAAAUUGUUUCUAACAAAGAUUCAGUUCCAUAUCUCAACCAAAACGUCAAAUUAUUGUUGAAUGAUGAAGCGUUGAACGACAGGCUGAUAUUGUAUUUUUAUAAGCAGGUUAUCAAGGCCCAUUCUAAGAACAUGGAAAUCUGCGAAGAACUAUACUCGACGAUUACUGGGCAUGAGAAGUAUUCUAAACUAGCAGAACCAUUGUUGGAACAGUUGACCAGUGCCAACAGAACCAUGUCCACUUCUUUUAUUCAACAAACUUACGAGAAAGAAUACAUAUUGACCAAUUCCAGCGUCAACUGGGAUCUUCUCGGGCACUUAAUAGUGCUCGAUGUCGACUUGGCCAUUGAACAUGGGCUAGAUAUUUUGAAUAAUGUUCCAUUAAAGUUCUACACUACUAUUGGUGAUAAGAUUGUAUCUGCCUUUGUCAAGGGUAGAGAAUUCACUAAAUUUAUAGAAGAAGUGUGGUUGAACGCUAUAAUUCACCUGCCCCAUCAUAGUAAGAAGUGGACCAAUGAAGACUUUAUCAAUAUAGUAUCCAAAAAUAUUGAUGAGUUGUCAACUAUUCAGUUGACUAGUGUAAUAAAAAAGUUAACUGAAGUCUAUGAUGUGAAAGUCAGUAGAACUCAUGUAACUCCAAGGUUAUUGGCUAUAGUAAAAGGUCUACUCAAAUGCAGCAAUCAGAAGAUUGUAGCAAUCAAAAGCUCACUCCUUGAAAACGACAACCUGCUCAAAUUCAUCGAAGAAUCAUGGGAAAUUAGGUUUUACUUACUCUGCCUUUAUGGAAAGGAUUAUCAAGUCAAGAGAGAAGAUUUGGUAGUAUCUGCUAGUAAAAUCCCAUCUUGUUACUACUUUUACACGAUUUUCCGUAUGAAGGAAAUCAAUGAAGAAGUUGCCGACAAACUCAUUACUACCGUAAUCCCUAAAUACCUUACAUAUUUACAACAUGAAUCAAACAAAGAACUGAAUCACAUGGUCUUGAAUUUGAUGAAAAGGUGGAUUGCCUUCGCCAACAACAACUUUGACAAAGAGCAGUUGAACCAAGUUAUCGAACUUAUAUUCUCCACUGUUGAUGUCAAGGAUUUGGUGGCUUACUUUGAAAAGUAUGGCUAUAUUUUCUUUGAACAGAAGGAAAUUAAUAACGCUUUAAUAAGCAAGUUGAUUGAACUUCUUUCUAAUUCAAGAAAUAAAGAAAACUUACAACUUAUUUUGAGCAUACCAAUUCAGUGCUUCCCCAAACAUCUUAAAGUUAAAUUGGUUGAUAUUACUUACGAUGAGUGCAUUUCAAAAACUACAACUAACAUUGCACCAACAUGUUUGAACCAUUUGUUGAGCCAACCAUCGUUUAGAACAAAGGUUGAGACAAAAUUUGACGCCUUGCUCAAAUUAUUGUCUUCCAAUGGAGAUAAAGAAACAUUAAUAACUAUUUGCACCUCAAUUUGGUCGGUCCAUGUCCAUAGUCAUACUGAGCCGAUAAGUAAGGAAUAUAUUUUAGAUUCCCUUAGUAAACUCUCCAAGUUUUACAAGUCACUUAAAGUUAAAAAAUACAAAUCUUUACCAAUUGAAUUCGAAAUAUCUACAAUAAUAGUUUCAUUCAACUACCCAGCUACAGUUGAUCAAGAAAUAUCAGAUUCACUAGGAUGGAUUGCUAGCCAAUAUUUGAGUUCAUCCAUUCAAUUAUUAAAGCAAUUGUCCUUAUUGGAAAAUUAUAAAGACGUUAACCAGAUUUUAAAUGCUUUAAAUAAAGUACCAAGUCUUUUGAAUUCCGACGUUCAUACCGCCCUCAAGGAUUUUGGUUUAAAGAUCAGCUUGUCUCCUUCAGGAUAUGAAUUGAACUUGGCUAGAAGUAAUUUGUUCAGCUUGUCGUCUAUGUUAUUGGAGAGUAACUUUAACAAUGCUACCUAUUUGCUUAGUUUGUAUAUUGCCAUUCAAACGGAAUUCAAAUUGGAAAGCUAUCAGGAACUUUUAGACAAUCUUGUAAACCACUUACAAUCACUUCAAGAAAGUGAUCUAAUUUCAAUACAUUCAUUGUUACUUUAUACUAUGGAGAGAGACGCAAAUGAAGACAAUGUUCACAUUUUCAUUCAACUAUUAUUGUGCUUCUUGAAUAAAAAGAUAUUGAAGAAGACAAAUAAUAAGGAAAGUACCACUUUAAUACUCACAGGUUCCUUGUCUUUAAUCUUAACUAAGUUGGAUUUAAUUAUGCACAGCUGUUCAGGUUCCAACCAUUCUGUAUUGAAUAUAUUACAAAGCAUAAAGAAUUGCUUGAGUGAAGUAUAUUGGUGCUUUGACCAGUACUCACUCGAGACUACUCUUUCAUUAGUGAGUAAGAUAAUCAAAUGUGUCGAACAGGUACCUUUGCCAGAAAAGACCUAUGUAUUACUUACUCAAGUUAUGUCUUACAUUUUGCUUUACCACAGAUUUAGAUUAUCAUCAAGACACCACUUAAUCAUGUCAAUUUGCAUUUCAUUACUUGAACCAUUAUCAUUAAAGAGGAAACUUAAUUUCCCUAAUGAUCUAUCAUCUUCCAUUGAAUCAGCAUCUGCAUAUUCACGUUUAUUAGGAAAUUUAUGUGAACCUUCGAAUAAGGAAUCAACUAACAGCAACAAGAAUGGUACGUUGAAUUCUUCAUCUGCCUUGAUCAAGAGAUCUUUGAGAAAACAUUUACCAGUGUUAUUAGUUAAUUUUAUUUACUUAUCAUUAACAUCCAACUUUUCAAAUGUUAAUGUUGAGACCAUCUUGUCAGGAAUAUUUAAGAUUUUCGAUGUCCUAUCACCAAUUGAACUUCAAUUGGUCAGUUCAUCAUUGGAUAUCCCAGGAAGAACUUAUUAUAAAUCGUUAUACUCAAAUUACAAAGCAAAUGGAAAAUGGAAAGACGAAUGA